GGUAACACCACUGGAGGCAGUCGAAUACUGAUCCUUUCAACUGUUUCUGAGAUAGCAAUUGUAGAGGAGAGGGCAUGAACAUUAUCAGCACAACUGCAAAUACUUAAAUUGUUUUCAGCAGCAAGAGAUUCUCUGUGUACAUGAUCUUGACUCAGAGCACAGCUGCUCAUUUCAAAUCAAGACUGUCAGCGUGUAGACUCUUUACUGCAGACGUCAAGGUGCAGGGACGAGAAGGACAGAGGGACGCGCACUCUGUAACUACCUGACAAAAUUAACAGACUGCGUCUUGGUCGCUGUUAAGACUGGAAGAAACAUGUCAAAGGAAUCGAGAGGGAGAGCUCCCUCACGCAAAUACAGCGCCUCCCACUGGCGGAUGCAGAACAUCGCGCAAGAGUCGGUGGACAGUUCGGACGAGGAGUUUUUUGACGCCCGUGAUGUGCUGGAGGGGAAAAGUGCCAUGCUGCUGGGUAUGAGCCAGUGGAACUCCAAUGACCUGGUAGAGCAGAUAGAGACCCUGGGACACAUGGACCAGUCUCAAGAGAACCUCUACCGCCUGGGGCGUCAGCGCUGCGAUCCCCCCCCCCAGAGCAGCAUUGAUGGCUUGGACGACAUGGAGAAGAAGUGUAAGACCCAUGUGUUGCUCUUGGUGGUGCAUGGCGGGAACAUCUUGGACACGGCGGGCGGGGAUCCAGGCGCAAAGGCCGGCGACGCCGCCACGCUGGCGUCUGUCCUGGAGAAGGUGGCGGGGGCACACUUCCAGGCCGCGGCCGAGCAUGUGAUGAUCAAACUGGUGCCCUGCCCUGCUGUGUGUGCUGAGGCCUUCUCCCUCGUCUCCAAUCUGAACCCGUACAGCUACGAUGAGAGUUGCGUGUCCAGCAGUGUGGAUCACCUCCCUCUGGCUGCCCUCCCCCUCCUCGCCAUCGCCUCGCCGCACUACCAGGAUGCCGUGGCAACCGUCAUCACCCGCGCCAACCAGGUGUACCACAGUUUCCUGCAGUCCCAGGACGGACAGGGCUUCUCCGGGCAGGUGUGCUUGAUGGGAGACUGUGUGGGGGGGGUGUUGUGUUUCGACGCCCUUUGUUUCAGCAGUCGCCAGAGACACAGCAGCCCUGACAACUGCAGCAGCAACAGCAACGACAGCCUCAAGGAUACCCCCGGGGCGUGCUGGGAGAAGCCAGCCCGGGCCUGGGCUGCAGCAAGAGCGCUCAGUAAGAGCAACAUCGACAUUUCCGCCCCCAGCGAAGGACACGCCCCCAGCCGACAGCUGCUCAACAGGAAGCAAAGCGACUCGUACGACGGAGACACCUUUUCCACUGGCCAACAUCACAGUUUCUUUAGCAGCUUAAUUAAGGAUGGGGUGGAGCUUCAUCCAGGCAGCAACCCCAGCCUGGUUCUGAACCCGGGCUGGUUCGACUUCGAGGUUUCCGAGUGUUUCCUCCUGGGCUGUCCACUGGGGCUGGUGCUGGCCAUGAGGCGCACUGUGCUACCUGCUGUCCAGGCGAGCCACCUCCGGCCGUCCUGCUCCCAGAUCUUCAACCUGUUCUACCCCUCCGACCCGUCCGCGUCCAGGCUGGAGCCCCUUCUGCAGCCCCUGUUCCACAGGCUGCCCCCCUUCCCCGUGCCCCGCUACCAGCGCUACCCCAUGGGGGACGGGCGCUCCACUCUCAUAGCCGACGGGAUCCACAGCCACCCAGACGUGUUCCUGGGAGGGGGCCCAGUCCUGGGGAAACAGCGGGGAAGCCCCCCCCCUGAGGCAGAUGGCGGCGGCAAAGCUGGAGGAGGAAGAGGUGAAGGAGGAGGAGGAGGGCCAGGGCGCAGGGCCAGUGUAACCAGCGUGGACAGCGAGACAUCCGGCUGUUCUAUUGGCCGGCUGGCCAACACCAUCACCAACAUCUCCAGCAGCUGGUGGGGAUCCAAGCGUUUGGACUAUGCCCUGUACUGCCCUGACGUCCUGACGUCUUUCCCCACGGUGGCUCUGCCUCACCUCUUCCACACCUCCUACUGGGAGUCCACUGACGUGGCCGCCUUUGUGCUCCGCCAGCUCAUGCGCACCGACUGUGCGAAGACCCAGGAAGCAGACAGCCUGGACUCGGCCCCGUUCUCGCCGUCCAACCCCAGAGAGAAGUGGUUGAGGAGGAGAACCCACGUCAAGCUGAGGAACGUCACCAGCAACCACCGGGUGAAUGAUGUCAUCUCCACGGAGGAGGGCCUUCAGACCCUGGUUGGUCGCUUCAUGUACGGCCCCCUGGACAUGGUGACUCUGACUGGAGAGAAGGUGGACAUCUUCCUGAUGACUCAGCCCCAGUCCGGCCGUUGGGUCCACUUUGACACGGAGGUGACCAACAGCAGUGGCAGGAUCGCCUACACCAUCCCCAAGGGCAAGAAGCUGGCCCUGGGGGUCUACCCUAUCAGGAUGGUGGUCAAGGGGGAUCAGACGAGUGCUGAGGCCUACCUCACAGUACUGCCCCGGGGGAUGGAGUGUGUGGUGUUCAGCAUCGAUGGCUCCUUCGCCGCCAGCGUCUCCAUCAUGGGGAGCGACCCCAAGGUUAGGCCUGGAGCUGUGGAUGUCGUCAGACACUGGCAGGAUCUGGGCUACCUGAUCAUCUAUAUAACAGGCCGUCCAGACAUGCAGAAACAGCGUGUGGUGUCGUGGCUGUCCCAGCACAACUUCCCCCAGGGCAUGAUCUUCUUCUCUGAGGGCCUGGUCCACGACCCUCUUCGCCAGAAGACCAUCUUCCUGAGGAACCUAGUUCAAGACUGUCACAUCAAGAUCAGCUCCGCCUAUGGCUCAAUGAAGGACAUCUCAGUGUAUAACAUGCUGGGCCUGAGUCCCUCCCAGAUUUAUAUAGUGGGCAGGCCUUCCAAGAAGUACCAGAAUCAAUGCCAGUUCCUGAGCGAGGGCUAUGCGGUGCACCUGUCUUCUCUCCAGUUCGGCCACAGGGCCAGACCCAAGAAGAGCUCCUCAGUGCGCAUGGUUCUCAGGAAGGGCUCUUUCGGCCUGUCUGCCAAGCCCGACUUCCUGUGCAAGCGCACACACCUGCGGAGGACCAUGUCCGUCCAGCAGCCGGACCCGCCCUGCACACCCAACCCCAAGCCGGAACGCGCCCAGAGCCAGCCCGAGUCAGACAAGGACCACGGGGGAGGAGGGGGAGGAGGAGUCAGCAGCCAUGGCGUAUGGGGGCGGGCCUCCAUGCUUCGUGGAGACACCACUCCCUGACGACCAGAGAGAGAGAGAGAUGGAGGGAGGACACAAGAGGAGGAAAGGGGGGGGGGGUGUCUCCGUGUCCAGGGCCAAGCACUUCCACCUAUUGGAUCAGGGUUUUCCAUCUGCUUGGCCCUCUGCACUUCAGUGGCUGUAGAUGCUAUCCAGUGGCGCAUAUCUAAAAUUACCUGCAUGCCCGAAGCUUGAAACAGGCCCAGUUUUUCCCAACGCUGUCUGUCCAGCACAAACUACACCUAAAGCUGCAAUUGUGAUGCAAUUUCAGUGCUAAAAACAGGCGUCAUCUUUUGUCUAGACAACUGCACUUGGGUUGUCUGGAUGGAAGUGGCGAAAGGGAAUGAUGAGGCGGGACUCUCGCCCCUGUGUCGUCCGCUCCCGCUGAGCAGAGGAACAGAAGGAGAGAACCUGAGGAACCCUUGGAAGGCACGUUCCCGUGGCAACUCUCUCCACCGGUCUGCCGCGUUGGCAGGGGGCAAUCAUGGCUCCUGCCUUAACCCUGCAUGUAAAUCCUAGCCACUCCUAGUCCCAUCUCAGGAGCCUGGACUCAGGAGAGCGGGGUCCCCUCGGUUCAAACGGCCGACAUGAACCUUGUGUCCCCAAGCCGAGUGACCCGACCCUUCCUCCUCCCUCUCUCCCUUUUCCCCCUCUCUCCCCUCAGUCAGCCAGUCAUGCAGAACACAGCAGCAGGCAGGGCCUGGGAGCGGCUUCACAGCCAGUCAACCGACAAAGAGUGUACAGCCUUACCUCCAGGGCUGGUAGUCCUGCUCUCUCCAGACAACCUUGCGCCCCACAUCCCCUGGCCUGGCUGCCCGUCUCUGGUGGAUACAUGCUGUCUCUAGCUAGACACUAUCUACUGGGUGCAGUAUCUACUCGGUAUCCCUAGCCUGGCUGGUGUCUGGGAGUGUCCCUCUCCUAAGUUCGUCUGCUCUGUGUGGCAGGUUCUUCUUCUCUGUGGAAUGUCAUGCAUCCGGAGGUCAGACACACACAGGGGGGUCCUCAUGCUGCAGUGUUGAUUAAGUAGUGAUGUUGUUGCUGCCAGUCUCCUGAGCUCAUCAGUACUUUGGUAGCUGUGCUUUGUAAAUCUCUUUACUAUAGAGAACGGACAGAUUUGUUUACUGGAGUUUGAUUUAAAAACUCAGCAAGCAGCAGCUCAGAAUUAUGGCUUUCUUACCAGUUGUUAUGGUUACUGUACAUACAUAUGGUAUACUGUAUUACUGUAGUUUUUAGCUUGAUUAACAACAGUAGUUUGCAAUACAUCUCAACUACACUGUCGGGUCAAACACUAAAAUACUCGAGGAUCAAUUCAUGGAGGCGGGUGUAUGGAAAUCUGACUCAUUUGAAGAGCAAACGUCAUAGAAGACGCUGUACAUUACAACCCAUCGUUCUGUUAAACUGACAUCUUUUUCUACCUGGUAAUACUGUAUGUACAAAUGUAUAGUAAAUAUUUGAAGUUGUUUUGAACUUUGGUGUUACACUUACAUUUAUUUUGCCUUAAAUUGUAUUUUGUUAUUGUGUAGGAUUAUAAAUAUAAUGAGAUAUUACCCUGUUUGCUUGACCAAAAUGGGAGUUUUAUAUUCAAGGGAAAGUAUCUAAUUGCGUCUUUGUGUGUUUGGGGUGCUUAUGGUUUGUGUGCAUGUGAGUGAGUGUGUGUGUGUGAGUACAGUGUGUGUUAAAUAUGUAUUUUGAUGUAUUUGUACUUGUGAUGAAAAUACCUACUGUACUGUGUAGUACAACCAGAUUGUGACAAUUACAAUUGAAGAUACUGGAAGCAGUUAAACUUUGGCUAUUCUCUGCUCAGUCUUUAUAUCUUCACUAAAAUGCAGUCUGUUGAGGAGAAUAGAUUAUUUUUAUAUGUUUGGUGUUCAGGCAGUUUGUCCACCAAUAGCAUUGGUAACGUUUUUAUAACUGCUUUGGAAGACCGAAGGAUUCAGAGAUUGGAAGGGCUCAAGGUUUACCGUAAAACCCAUUUGUGAGGGAAGAAUUCUCUCUGCUUGUCCCAAUCAGAAGCUUAGCGAGAAAUUUACUAUAAUUUCAUUUUUGUAUAUAUUUUUCAUUCCCAAAGCUUUGGAGAGGCUGUGGCUAAACUUCACAGUUGUUGCGGCAUUGUAUAAUUGCCUGGGUCCCCAGCACCAAAGCAACAGCAUUAUUUGUCAAUCGGCUUUGAAAGAAUGUAGCAAAGGAAAAAAAAUGAUAUUAUAUUUAACGAACACUGUAGAUAAACCAGUACUUGAAUUGUGAAGACUGUAAAUGGUGAUUUUACUUUUUUGUUUUAUCUCCGUAAUGAAAUGACCAUACCUAGAAGUAGAAUCGGAUACACAAAUAUUUAUGAUCAUUUGUGAUUUAAAUGGGCUCAUUGCAAUUAAUUACAUAGUUUACCUGCUAGAAACUGUAAGUGUUGUGUGUUUAUUUACAGUCAAGUGUUUAACUACUUGUCUGGUUGGGUGCACUGCUGCAAAAUUUGACUUUUACUGAGAUCUUAAAGUAAACAUACAAUGUGUUUGUAUGACAUUGUUUACUGUGACUGUGGAAUUGGAUUACAUCUGUAAAUAAAAUAA